GGCGGCGUCACAAGCGUGGGGGGGGGGGGGGCGGUGGCUUCGCGCUGGUCCGCCGUCGCGAGAAGCGGACCGAGCGUGAGGAGGAGGAAGGGGGCCCCGGCUUUUCCUCUCCCCUCUUCGCCCUCCCGGGCCUCCCGCUCGCCGCCAUGUCGGCGCAGGCCCAGAUGCGCGCGAUGCUGGACCAGUUGAUGGGCACUUCCCGGGACGGUUCAAUGUUUCUAUGCCUGCCUACUUCAGUCUGCAAGGGAGUGUCAGAAAGGCCCCGCAUUCGCCGAGCCGAGACACCACCCGUCAGCGAAUCAAAUUCAGUGAUGACCGAGUCUGCAAGAGUCACCUCCUCAACUGCUGCCCUCAUGACGUCCUCUCCGGAACCAGGAUGGACCUUGGAGAAUGCCUGAAGGUUCAUGACCUGGCUCUGAGAGCAGACUACGAAAUUGCAUCCAAAGAACAGGACUUUUUCUUUGAACUUGAUGCGAUGGAUCACUUGCAGUCGUUCAUUGCAGACUGUGACAGGCGGACAGAGGUGGCCAAGAAACGAUUAGCGGAAACACAAGAAGAGAUCAGUGCUGAAGUGGCGGCCAAAGCCGAACGGGUCCACGAACUGAAUGAGGAAAUUGGUAAGUUACUUGCCAAAGUAGAACAACUGGGAGCCGAAGGAAACGUGGAAGAGUCUCAGAAAGUGAUGGAUGAGGUGGAGAAAGCCCGGGCCAAGAAGAGAGAGGCAGAGGAAGUGUACCGGAAUUCCAUGCCCGCUUCCAGCUUCCAGCAGCAGAAGCUCAGGGUGUGUGAAGUGUGCUCUGCCUAUCUGGGUCUACACGAUAACGACAGGCGGCUCGCCGAUCACUUCGGAGGGAAGCUGCACCUGGGCUUCAUCGAAAUCAGAGAAAAGCUUGAAGAGCUCAAGAGAGUCGUGGCCGAGAAACAGGAGAAACGAAACCAGGAACGCCUGAAGCGCCGUGAGGAAAGGGAGCGGGAAGAAAGGGAGAAAUUGAGAAGGUCCCGAUCACAUAGCAAGAAUCCCAAAAGAUCUAGGUCCCGGGAGCGCCGCCGGCACCGGUCUCGCUCUGCCUCCCGGGAACGGAAGAGAAGGACUCGUUCCAAAUCCCGGGAGAAACGCCAUCGCCACAGAUCUCGCUCCAGCAGCCGCAGCCGUAGCCGCAGCCACCAGAGAAGCCGCCACAGUUCCAGGGACCGGAGCAGAGAACGCUCCAAACGAAGGUCCUCCAAAGAAAGAUGCGGAGAGAAAGACCGGUCCCUGAGAGAGCCAGACAUAACCUCCCGCGACAAGGACCGGAGUUCAAGAGAGAGGUCACCCCGCGACCGAGAGCGCAGAGACAAGAAGCGCUCCUACGAGAGCGCCAACGGCCGGUCGGAAGACAGGAGGAGCUCGGAAGAGCGCGAAGCCGGGGAGAUCUGACCGCCCGCCGGCUCCCCCGACCCCCCCUCAGCUUCCGACGGAGAGAAAUACGAUGGUUUAGUUGACGGCCGCCGUUCUAAGGAGACAUCAGUGAGCAGCAGUUCCAGACCCGGAUCCAGCUAGGCUAGAUGUACCGUAUCCACAGUGGCUCUUAAUUCAGUCCCAACCGCCCCCCUCCCCUCCCUCCUUUCCCCGUGAAGCCCAAAGCCGCGUCCGUGGUGUCCCACGGACCGCCGGACCGCCCUGAGACGUUCCCUCCGGUCAGCGGGGCGGUUUGAUGUAGCGGGAUGCCGAGCGCGGGGUGUUUUUCUUCUUUUCCGUAGGCGUUGAAUAGUCAACAGAUCGUGUUCCUUUACCUGGGCUUUCUCGACAGUUUUGUCAGACGACUUGUUCGGUUUUAGUUCGAUCAGCCGCCGCCCCCGUCCCUGAAAGUCAGUCUCCCCCAGUCCGAGAGGUAGGCUUACCUCGCAUGGGCCAGUUCCACUGAUGGAUGGAUUGAGAGUUAGUCGGUUACAGUUCGGAGCGUUUGUCCUGGAUUUUGUGCUGGAGAAAACGGAAGUGUUCGUUCCCCUUCUUCUUCUUCUUCUUCUCCUCCUCCUCCUCUUUUUUUUUUUUAAACAGUGCCUAUUUAGAUUUGGAAGUUGAACAGCUGUUGCAUUACAUCCUUUUGCAUUUUUAUUGAAAUUUUGAAAUCAAACCUUGUCCUGUUUUUUCUGUUCCCUGAAUUGGUAUGUUUAGUUUGUUGGCAGGGCUCUCUGAAGCACUUUCGGCUUUUUUUUUUUUUUUUUUUUCCUUUGUGGAGUGUAAAGAUUGCACAUCUUAACUGUAAAAAAAUAAACAAAAUGAAAACAACCGUCGACCCCA